AAUGCUUAUAAUGUGUUAAUUUAUCUUCAUUUGCGAAGAGUAUUUAAUCUCCAUUUCUGCUACCGGGGUGUUUCUAUAAUGUUUUACUUCCUCGUGCUGUAGGUGGUGGUCUGUCAAACAACACCAAAGAAAACAACGACGAAGAAGAAUUGACCCCUGAUUGAACUGCACCCGACUUCCAGACAUACCCACACGUUUUUUGAACUUCGAACGCCGUCUCGGGUCAACGCCGGUCACUAGCACGACGCAGACUCGAAAACAACAACGCCUUGUCUAACUAUCAGAAAAACGACACAAUUUUACAGUUUGUUGACGUCCAGUAUUAUACGAGAAAAUUACUUUUAUUUUCCGGUUAACCAAAUAGAUACGCAACCCAGCUGUCUUCGGAAAUGAGGAAUAAACAACAGAUGCCUAAUGUUAGUCGAGUUAACAACUUGAAGCGGCGAAAAGGGAAGUGCGCAGUUGCCUUAACACGAGAUCUCAACGUAGAGGUGAAGAAUACAGAUAAGGUCAGUCCAUCAAUAGAUGGACUAAUGGUCUGUGCCAUGAGAGAACAGGAUCUGGAUCAAUCUCGUACCAAGAAGAGUUCAGUGAAGAGGAUGGAUAUUAAAAAGACGAAAACGGAAGACUCAAAAAUACCCUUCAGUGACUGUAUGAUUGGUGGUUGUAGGGAGUCCUCUACAACUGCCGAAAGGCUGAGCUCUGAUUGUUAUGAGUUUCAUGAAAAGGAAAGCUAUGGAGCAACACCACGCCUGGAGGAAUUGUGGGAAGGUAAAGAGAACGGUUUGAGAUUUGAGUUGGGUUACUACAGAACAAUGGGGUUGCCAGAGAAGAUGGAGGGUGGCGAAACAGAAGAGUGUGACCAGAGCAUCUUCCUUGAUGAUGACAGUAACCAUGUGCUUCCUGUGGAAACGUUCUUUGGAAACAUGGAAGUUGUGCAGGACUGUCCACAGAGACCUACGGCCACCUCAACCCUCAGCAGGAGGGAGCACAGGAGACGACAGUACUAUGCCAAAGAGGACAGUGAUGAAGAGAGCGACAGAGACAUGCAGCAAAAUGACAUAGAUGGCACCACUUAGUUUAUAGAAAAUAACACCUUUCUAUCAAUGGGAUGUAUGAAAACCUCUGUCUUUAUUGCCUUAAAAAGACUAAUGUAAAUCACACAGACAAGCCUGGACAAGUGGAUUUCUACAAUGCAACCAUAAUGUUUUUUUUGCCAGAUUGUACCCUAGAAUUGUACAUUUUAUUUAAUAUGCUAUUUGAACAAACAUUUAUUUUUAAUGAUCAGAACAUUACAUAUUUAAAUUCUUUAAAGGUAAGUGUUCAGAUUUUUUUAAUUGAAUAUUUUACUACUAGUGCAAUUUACUACUUAUAUGUAUGCACAGUUGCUUUGGAUGUAUUUUUAUAUUGCUAUCCAUCCUGUAUAGCUGAAUGACUGAAAACAACAAAUCAUAUAGUUAUUGUAGUCCAUGUUGCAUGGUGUAUAAAAGCAUCAAGUAAACAUAAAAACAUAUAUAGUUUUCAAUGAAGAUGUCUGUUUGUGUCCUACAAAAACGUUUACACUGAAAGCUACCCUGAAAGUAAAUUAAAGCUGUGGAAACAAAGAAUAACUUCAUUGCAAUCUAAUUACACCCACAGCGAACAAUCAGAUCUGCUCAAAUUAAAUCUGCUUGACUACUA